AUGGCUCCUCGCAGAGACGUGGCAUUCAGCGGACCGGUCGCGUUCUUCAGUCGAGCAUGGCAAACUACGCUCGCUCCGGAAUAUGUUGGACUCAUCAUCUUGGUCGCGGGAUGGCUCGCUCUCACAAUGUUCGUCACGCCCUUUCACCGAAUGUUCUUCAUCAAUGACCUGCAUAUCGCGUACCCGCAUGCUGUACAUGAGAGGGUCUCCGUCUCCUGGUUAUUCAUAUACGCUUUCUUCAUGCCACUGGGCAUCCUCAUCCUCUACAACCUCGUCGCCAGAUCGCCUAUCGCCAAGCACGAAGUCACCUACCUCUCCUUUCUCAUAUCCAUAGUCCUCACAUUAUUUCUCACUGAUGUGGUCAAGAACGCCGUGGGUAGGCCUCGUCCUGACCUCCUGGAUCGGUGCCACCCGUCACCUGGCACCCGGGAGAAUGUCCUGGUCACCAUCGAAGUGUGCACCACCGAACCCUCGCACAAGUUGCAGGAUGGAUGGCGAUCGUUUCCAUCUGGUCACUCAUCGUUCUCCUUUGCAGGAUUAGGCUUUCUGAGCCUCUUCCUCGCCGGACAGUUGCAUACUUUCCACCAUCGCGUUGGAGGGAGGGAUCUAGGCAGGGCACUGAUUUGCUUGUCACCCCUUGUUUUGGCGACACUGAUUGCUAUUUCGCGCUGUGAAGACUACAGACAUGACGUAUAUGACGUCUGUGUUGGAUCGCUUCUCGGCAUGAGCGUAGCAUACUGGAGUUAUAGACGUCACUGGCCAAGGUUGUCCAGUGCGAGGUGCCAUGAGCCGUAUCCUCGACCGGGCGCGGAUCCGCAAGCUGCUUCGUGGCAGAAGGUUCGCGAUGAGGAGGAAGGCGGGGCUGCUGUGAGUGAUGAAGAAUACGAGCUUCAGCCGCAACGACCUUCUUGA